AUGCAUUCUUCUACACUUCUGGCCCUUGCGGCCUCCCUUUCGACUGCUGCUGCGCAGAUCAAAGGCUUCAAUUACGGCAGCACCUUUACCGACGGAUCCGCCAAGCAGCAGGCUGAUUUCGUAAAUGAUUUCAACACUGCUAAAGGCCUGUCUGGCGCCUCUGGCUUCACCAGUGCUCGGCUCUACACCAUGAUCCAGGGAGGCACUUCUAGCGACAUAAUCUCUGCCAUUCCCGCUGCCAUCAACACCAAAACUUCUCUUCUCCUUGGUCUCUGGGCUUCCGGCGGCGAUGCUGCCUUUCAGAAUGAGCUGAACACUCUCAACAAUGCCAUCAAACAGUAUGGUUCGCAGCUCACUGAACUCAUCAUCGGCAUUUCAGUCGGCUCGGAGGACCUCUACCGCAACUCCGUGACAGGUAUCAUCAACAAGUCAGGCAUUGGCGCUGACCCCACCGUCAUCGUGGGCUAUAUCCAGAGAGUCAAGUCUGCUCUCUCCGGAACCGCAGGCUCCGCCCUCCCCGUCGGCCAUGUCGACACCUGGACAGCCUACGUCAACGACUCCAACAGCGCCGUCAUCGACGCCUCAGACUUCCUCGGCAUGGACGCGUACCCCUACUUCCAGAACACCAUGGCCAACGGCAUCGCACAAGGCCAAAGCCUCUUCAACGACGCCUUCCAGCAGACCAAGAACCACGCAGGCAACAAGCCGGUCUGGGUAACCGAGACCGGCUGGCCCGUCUCAGGCCCCACCGAGAACCUCGCCGUGCCCGGCCUCGACCACGCCCAAACGUACUGGAACCAAGUCGGCUGCCAGAACCUCUUCGGCUCCGUCAACACCUGGUGGUACACGCUCCAGGACGCGGCGCCGGGCACGCCGAGCCCGAGCUUCGGCCUCGUUGGCUCCGACCUGAGCACGACGCCUCUUUACGACUUGAGCUGCGGCGCGGACUCGAAUGCUUCCUCGGCGUCGGUCGAUACCCAGGUCCCCUCGUCUUCGACUGUUGCUCCGCCUAGCCGUAAUACCGGAUCUCUAGUUACUUCACAGGCGGUUAGCAAUGCCCCGAUUCCGGGCGCUAAUUAUGCCUCUUCUGGCCCGGCUUCUGGUGCCGCCUCGGGUGCCACUGCUGGUGCCUCUGUUGCAGCUUCUGGUGCUGGUGCCGCGUCUGGUGCCGCGUCCGCCGGUGCUUCUGGCAUCGCUGCUACCGGCGCUCCUGCUGCUGCCUCCGGCAGUGCCGCCGGUGCUGCUCCUGGCCCUGCUCCUACGGGUGCCGCUUCUAACGCUGCCUCUGGUGCUGCCCCUGGCGUUGUUGCUACCGGCGCGUCUGGUGCUGUCUCCGGAAGUGCCGCCGGUGCUGCUCCUGGGUCUGCUCCCACGGGUGCCGCUUCUAACGCUGCCUCUGACGUCGCUGCCACCGGCUCUGCACCUGGUGCAGCACCUGGCAGUGCUUCCAGCGGUGCUUCCGGCGGUGCCCCUACGGGUGUCGCCUCUGGCGCAGCAUCCAAAGCCGCGUCGGGCGCUGCUCCAACCGGUGCCGCCGCCAGUGCUUCUGCGGCUGCCUCUGCAGCGGGCUCAUCAGCUGCUGCUGGCCAGCCCCAGGCCGGCCAGCCCCAGGGAGCUGUGGAAGUCACUACGGUCAUGCUCACUUUCUACACUACGUACUGUCCCACGCCGGGUGGUGUCACUGAGACUAUUGCGAGGACUACGCCUAUGACUACUUCGGUCUCUUUUGCUACUUCUGUCGUUGGCUCUGGCGCGGGCUCUGCUCCUGCUGCGUCUGCUCCCGCUGCUUCUGCUCCGGCGGGCACUGCACCUGCGGCUCCCGCUCCCGCGGUUUCUGCUCCGGCAGGCACAGCACCCGCGGCGUCAGCACCCGCAGCCUCCGCACCCGCAGCAUCCAGCAGCGCAUGCCCCGCGGACCUCUCCGGGGCCUACGAAUACCCGCACCUAAUCGUGCCGGUCGACGCCACCGCGCCGACCAAAUCCUCCGGCAUCAGCGAAUACGGCACCAUCAGCAGCAGCAUCUCGUCGCUCUUCAACUUCGACAUCCCCUCCAGCGACGCAGGCAAGACAUGCACGCUCACGUUCCUGUUCCCGCAGCAGGCGCAGCUCGAAACCAGCAACUACACGCUCAGCGGCGCGGGCGGCGUGGCCGCGUACAAGCUGGCGAGCCCCGCGGCCGCGGACACGAGCUUCGCGACUGUGCCUGCGCGCACCCAGAUCGGUGACGUGCACAGCCUUGUUCCGGGCAGCGCGUAUGCGCUGGCGAGUUUUGCGUGCCCGGCUGGCCAGGCUGUCGGCUUUGAGCUGGCUGCUACUGGCGCGCUGGACUUGACGUUUUUCCAGGACUAUAACCCGAGCCCGUUGGGCUUGUUUGUCACGGUGUGCUAG